UGUGUAUCCAAGCAACAAGCUUCAGCAAACUCAAAGGGAUAAAGGUUACAUUUACAGUAGAUGAACGCGGAGGUGGAUUGUCAAACAUUAUUCAGGCACCCAGUGCAAGCUUAGAUAUUCUACUGGGAUUCAAAUGUUUGUUUUUAAACACCAGAUGUAGAUAACGUGGGGAGUUAAUCAACACUUUUAUAGAGUGUAUAACUGACUGGGAUUAUUUGCAAAUGACGAUGACAGAUUUUAGACCCGGACCUCUGUAUUUCUUUGAUCAGCCAACAGGACGGGGACAUAGGAAGCGCCCCAGAAUGCCCUUGGAGCAUUGCUUUGAUCUGGCAAAUGUGGGCGUGCGCUUGGCAACAAUCAAAAGCCUAUGCGCUCACAGUGAGUGCGUUAACGAUGACAAAUAUGAUGCAAAGAAUGAAGACAAUGCACACAAAGUGCAAAAUAAACCCUCUACCACUGGUAAACCAGAUACCUGGCCCUCUAUCAACGGAUCGUUGGACAUGGGUGGUGAUGAGAGGAAUCCGGAGGCCGCGGCCGUGCCAGCAGACUGGUUGGAUGACGUGGACCCGAUGGAUGCAUACAAGCAUAUGGCCCCUCAGUUGUUGAGCGAGUUGGGGAGUGUGCUUUCGCAGUAUGAAGGGAGUGAGGAGAGAUGUAUUCCACACGGCCUCGUGAACAUUCUGAAUUACUCAUGGAAGGAUUUGACCGCAGGGGCAGUUUAUGUCAAACCAUCUUGGAAGUUGGGUGUCGGCAGUGGGGGUGGUGAUGGAGGGAAACCUCGCAAGUCGAAGAGCUUCAUGAAUUUCGAUGAGACUCUUCGGCAGAUGGCGGGAAAGAGAAAGACAAAACAAAAACCGUCCAAGGUGGAAAAUGGGUCUGAGAGACGGCCUCAAGACUCCAAUUUGCGCAAAAGAUCGUCAGUUUCCCAUGCACAAAAAGCUCAUGUGACCACAACUAUAAGUUUCUCCAUCUCUUCAAAAACCCAUGAAGAGCAAGGUUGGAUCGUCCAGCCUAAGGAGCCAACUCAUGAGGAACCUCAGUGGACUAAGCUGUGUCAUUGGGUGGUAGAGAGGCUGCAAUUGGCUAGGAUACCUAUAAAACAGACAACGGAGCAGGCAGAGAGUGGGCUGAACAAACCACCCAUCCUCCGUCACUAUGGGGAUGCCAAGCCACACUUUAAACACCAGAAGAAGACAGGAGGAGGAAGCGGAGGAGGAGGCAAGACCUGGCCUUACCCUCAGAUACCAGAGGUGAACCAGGAGGACCAGGAUUCACCGCGGCAGAAACUACACUACAGGAUCAAUGAUGGUUCCUCCUUCCUAUACUAUCCGUCUGGUUUUGUAGCUGUGUGUCAGAGCCACUCUGGUCUGUCCUGUGGAGGGUUCUAUACUAAUGUGUUCAGUGACCAACUCAGCGCUGUUAUACUGGCCAGCAUCACCGCAGUAGGACGGGGCACCGUCACACACCCACUCAGUGGGACUGUUACUGCUGUGUGGGAUCAGCGUGGCGGGAUGACGUGUGACCCAGAAGGAGCUGUCACUAAGGAGUGGACCUGGCAGAUUGGGGUUAAGGAGAGGAUAGUCAUUCAGGUGUCUGAUCAGAUCUCAGUACGGAUGUUGAGCGGUACCUGCACCACCCUCAGCUUUAAGAGUCACAAUGAGAGUGUCCAGCUACCACUGUCCCCCCUGCCCAACAUCACCCCAACUAAACAAGUGGCCUGUCUGCAGACUGAGGGGGCGUUCACCUCUCUGGCAGCCCAGGAGCUCUCCCUGAGUAAGAAGCACCAGAAGAACCAGGGCCAGACCAUAGACACCAAGAGGGUGUCAGUGCGUUCCAGUGAGGUGCGACAGGUGACCCGGGAGGUGGGGAAGCUGGAAGAACCCUGUCUCUUCAGGAGAGGAGGAGGGCGGGCAGGACGAGAGCUGGAAAGACUCCAGAGGAGAAUAUGUAAUAUCCUGGACGACUGGCUGGAGUUCUACCGGGUCACCACAGGUAUCAAGUGCCCAGAUAUGGAGCGGAUGUCUGAUGGUCCAAUGCGGCCCAGACUGAAGAGAGAGGGCCAGUCAGCAGCGCCGCCCUCCCUCCACCCCACCACAGGGCUGUCAGACAGUACCCGGGGUCUACCAGGGGGGGGAAGCACUGCGCUACAUGCCAGCACCAGACACCUGCCACCUGCCUCAGAUGUCCUCCUGCCAGGCUCCACCCACAAGUUGUCAUGGACAUUUUCUCCAAAGAAGCAGGGCAAGGAGGGAAGAGAGGAGCCCCUCCAUUUCACACAGUCAGGGACGUUCAGAGUCCACAGCAACGUCAGACUGGAGUCUGUAGUGAUCCCGAGAUGCAGUCCAGAGCUCCGUCUCACUGCCCAACGUCCCCACUACACAUCCUCAAGCCCCUCCACCCCUUACCCCCUUUGCAGCCCGUGUCCUGCCCAGUUUAGGGCCGUUCUCCUGGGGUUGGAGGGCCGGACACACAGGCUGUGUCGCUGUAGCUCCAGGACCAUGCCAGUCCUGACAGACCAGGAGUAUGACGCCUUCAUUUGGGGCCAACCCCCCCACAGUGAACAGAUCCUGGUGGUGUGUGUGACACCCCUGCACCAGACCCCCCUCGCCCCUCACAUCCCCUUGUUGCCGCAUGAGGACAUGCUGGAGCUGCUCUACGAGAGGAUGAAUAAGAACAGGACCAUGCCAUGCACUCAGAGUCAGCUGGACUCGUUCCGCCUGGUGAGGUAUGAGCUGUCUACAGGGAAGACCUGCCCAGCUACCCACAAUGCACUGCUGCAGCAGAGACACAAUGCCGCUCCUGGGAUGUUUCUGAUGUACAUCAGAGGGAAGCUGCUGUUCGCUGACUACAUCUUCAACGGCUACAGCUGCUCAGUGAGGAACCUCCACAAGCAGAUCUCUAAAACUAGAGGGGACUACAGACAGGGCCAGAGCCUGCCCUCAGACUACAAGUUCAGUGCCCAGGUGAAGAGUCCAGCAGUAGGGAACCCACCAGGCCAUCAGGCAGCUCAGAAGGUCCCUGAUGGACGAGGAGACAUCUCUCGUGGAACACCUGCCCUGUUAGAGAAGGGAAAAGUCCCAAACCAGUGAGCGGAAAUUGACUCAGGGACCUGUGACAUCAUCGGUCACGUUAAAGAGAGACACCGCUCGUUCUAAAAGCCAAAAAUACGUCUGCUGCAUCCUCACUGCCCGUACUCACCACACUGAACAAAGGUCAGCUCCUAUCAGAGCUGCAAUGUAAGACCCUUUCUGGUGUCACAAGUCAUUAGGAGACACUGGAGAAGAACCUCCUCAGAGCUGGGCUCGCUGGCUGGAGACAGACAGUGUGCUGGGAGAGAGGGACCAAGUCUAAUAUUAGGUGCACUACACUGUAAAUGUAAUACAGAUCUCCCAUUACAUCUAUAACUGUCUUGCACACGUCUUGUUUGACUGAAUUGAAUUCAACGAAGCAAUGCUCCACAUACUGUAUAUCAUAGCACUUUGUAGAACUCAGUUGCAUCAUGGAAGAUCUUCCUUAUUUUUCUACGGUCUACAAAUAAAAGACUGUUGUCAA